GCUUCAACGGCUUCUUCAAGAGCUCUUUAUAGUAGUAGAGUCGUAGACACUAGUACAGAGAGCCCACAAGAGAAAUUCGAAAAUGGUGAAAGCGGUGGUUGGAGAAGAAACCCAACUCAAAUUGAUCGAGGAUCGUCUCACCCAAUCACGACUCCCCGUUCAGGUGGGUCUGGUAAUAGGCAAGCUGAGCUCGCCACUAGACCGAGGUUUCGUCUUCGAUUUGAUCCCAACUCCACCAAACGAUGCCAGAGAGCCCGCGUGUUCGCUCGUCGAGACUACCGCUAAAGACGACAAGAAAAAGGGACCCAAAUCCAAAUCUCAGGCCUCAGCAGAUUCUUCUUCUUCUUCUUCUUCCUCUUUGUUCAUCGAUAACGACUGGGUCGCCGAACACGCUCGUCAGGUGGCUAGAAUGUUAGUUGGGGGCAUGAAAGUUAUUGGUAUCUAUAUAUGGGUUAGCGAUACUGUUUUCAAAAAUUCAACCAUAACGCUUUGUCAGCUCUUGCAGACUGUAAAGGGAGUUGCAGAAGCAGCACCCCUGCUGGAGAAUGAUCGGGAGGAAAGACUGCUCAUUCACAUUUGUUACAGUCCAAUGAGGUGGACAUGUCGAAAUUGCACAUGGACUUCAAAUAUUACAUCAAGUAGCCUGCGACCAUGUGAUUUCAAGAUGGGAAGGGUCUUAACUUCCCUUCAGACCUUCAAGUGCAACUACAAUUUUAACCUUAGAUUGCCCAUAUGUCAAGAGAGUGCAUCAAACACUCAAACAUUGAGUGAUGUUCUUCGUCAGGGAAUUUCUCAUCAUGCUAAAGAACUAAAAGAUGCAAGGGCAGUUAUUGAUGGUAAUUUGGUUGUAAGUGACGAACCAAGCACAUCAGAUGGUGUGCAUGAAGUUGAAUUGCUUCUACCAUUCAUGAAAGAUACAUAUGCAGAAGCAUGCAGCCGAAAAGAUGUUCUUGGUGUUCUUCUUUUGAAGGGAUCUGUCUGUUCUUUUGCAUACUUGAAUUCAAAAGAAUCAAUUUCACAAGCUGUGGCCGAUAUAAAGAGGGAUAUCAUCAGUAGUCUGCAAAGUAGAUUAGAUAUCAUCUGUGAUGAGGCAUAUGGAGAUAUAAGUCAGACAGAAGAUGUUAGUCAGGAAGCAAGUGAUGGGAUAUCGACUGAUAAACCUGUUUCCCAACUCGUCCUGCAAUUAUUAAGAAAAGAAUGCAGUCUGUCAUUUCCUCGAAGAGUAUUUGUUCCGUGGUUGGCAGGAACAUACAUAUGUGACUAUCUACAGCCAUCUGAGACUCUCGAGGUUCUAAGAGAUCACUGUGUUGAGUUGAUGUCCAUGGAAGCUCCAAGUGAUUCCUCAACAAUCUUGGAACCGGAAAAAGAAGCCCCAUCGCUUGUCACCAAGCCCUUCUGGGAUAUGGCAAUCCCCUUCAAUUCAGCAUCUUGCUCUCCCUUGGAAAAAAAAGGAAUUGACACAAGAGAGGAAGGUGGGAAAAAAUCUACCAGGGCUAACAAUCUCAACAUCGUGGGUGCUAUUCUCUUCCUGCUUCUCUCUAUCGUAGUGGGGUUUUUGCUCUAUGUUGUUAGGGGAUCAAAAACAUAGUUGUUCAUCAAGUGAAGCCUCGGUUUCAAUAUCAAAUGGUGUUGGUUUUUGCAGUCCUACAAAUCAAUUAGAUUUUUUCCCUCCAUUAAUUAUUUUACCUGUGUGGGAUCAAUUUUGAGUGUUAUUUGUACCUAUAAAUUUUUUUUUUGGGUUUUAUUUGUAAAGCAAUUGGAAAAAGUGGAGUGGAAAGCGUUGAUUCAUUUGACUUCUGAUCA